AUGCCGCGCCUUGUACGCCGCCGCCCGCUCAGCGAGCGCAUACUCACUUACUUGAAUCCAUAUGACUUUUUGCUUUGGCUUUCGGAGGAGUUUGAAGGAGGGGACUGGGAUCAAUUGGAAAAGGACUGGGCGCUGCCCAUAGGAUUCGGCCUCAACUUGGUAUUCCUUAUUGCACGAGCGAACAGCCGGUCCAGUGGCAGUCAAGCUUUUGACGAUGUGUUUGGCGAUAAUGAUGGCACAUCCCUGCGCGGUUGGCUUGCCUCAUUCAUCGUUCAUUUCAUGGCUGUUGCGUCGAUCGUCAAUGCUUUCUACACGUUUUCGAAGAAGCGACAUUAUCGCUUGUUUGAAAAUCCCAUUGAUAAUAACCCGGGAACGUCCUCUGCACAGCGUGUGCGCGUUGAUUCGAGCCCUUCGAUGCCUUCCCCACUGCGAUACAUCGCUAGAGCGCUAUCUACGGAAUCAGCUCACUCGAGAGCGCACCCCGAUGCGCAGCGUGAUGUUUGGGAGCUUGCUAUUUGGGAUCCUUCGCCACUUUGCCUGCGGCUCUUCUGCCUGUUUAGCCCCGGGCAUGUCUUGGUGUACUGGCUAUUCCUACCAACACAGCUAUCCGAUCCACGUCCCAGUGUCACCAUUGUGACAACCAUCGUUUUGGUGGCUCUUCUAUCCAUUCAAAUGUCGUUUAUUUCGUCAUCUUACAAACAGCAAGCCAAGGACCAGAAAGUGGUGCACAAAGAGGUCUUUAAGGAGUACGACAUCAAAUAUGUACAGCCACGGACACACCCCUUGAUGCGAGAUGUUGGCACGCAGUUCGCGGGAGAAGGGCCGAAGCCCGAACACGAAUGCAACAGAGUUGAGACUUACACUCCGACUGUUAUACUCAACCGUGGUUACAAGACCAGUCCCAAUCCCAACUACCUGAAGCACGUCGAUCCAGAAGGUUUCACUCCGGUCCGCCAAACAACCACCUCCACCCCAAUCUCGUCUAUAUUUCAAGGCCCUCCAACAAUAUCUCGAGAUGGCUCACCAUUAACUCGGGGAAACAGCCGCACAUCAAUGCGCCAGCCGCAGUUCCGAUCUGCUGCAGCGGGUACAGGUGACGGAGGUAGUCUUGGUGUUUACAGUCACGCCAACUCCCCAUUGAGGAAGUCAGCAUCGACUUCCUUUGACCGCCGAUUGCAACAUAACGGAGACUUUGUCUACAAGGAGCGAGGCACAACUCCUUUGAUGCGAAGCUCCAGCCCGCUCAAGAAGAGCAGCGUCCCAGGGAGCACCAACCAAGGUGGCCUGGCCCCAAUCAAUAGAUCAGAUAGCCUCAAGACUCGACGAGAAACGGGGCGGUUCUAA